AUGAAAAUACUUCAGAGGUAUGAACUUGCAUCGGGUCAAGUCUUAAACAAGGAGAAAUCUUCUUUGUUUUUCAGCACCAACACAGGGGCAGUGGAGAAGAGCAGCAUUUUAAAAGGUGCAGGAGGAGUAGUGUGUGGCAACUAUGAUAAGUACCUAGGACUUCCUGCUAUGGUGGGCAAGUCUAAAUAUAAUACUUUCAGAAGUGUGAAGGAGAGGGUGUGGCAGAAGAUGGAAAGUUGGAAGAACAAAUUCUUAUCUCAAGCUGGCAAUGAGGUGUUAAUCAAGGCUGUUUUGCAAGCUAUCCCCUCUUAUAUUAUGAGUGUGUUCAAGCUACCCAGAAAUUUAUGCUACGAGUUGAAUAUGCUAUGUUCGAGAUUCUGGUGGGGCUAUAAAGAUGAUGCAAGAAAAGUUCAUUGGUGGAAUUGGGAGAAGAUGGGAAUACAGAAAAGUAGAGGAGGGAUGGGCUUCCGAGACUUAGAAAGCUUCAAUUCUGCCAUGUUAGCUAAGUAG